GUACCAGCCGGGCAAGGUGACGUUCCAGAGCGACACCUUCGAAAGGCCCCAGCUCCUGGCUUUGUGCGAGAAGAUGGUGCACUCCGGACAGGAGGCACUGUCCAAAGGGCCGAAGCGCUCGGCCUCGAACAAAGAGAACUCGCAGCUCCGGGCCGAGAGCCCGGGGCGACUGGCGCAGGGGCGCGUGGCCACGGCACGCUGCGGCUCACGGCAGCCCGGGAGCUUCCGGGGAGACAGAGCGAGCACGGCGGCCACCACCAAGGCUCCAGCUACGGCCGACUCCCGGGGGAACGGUUCGCUCGGCUGUUGCUCCCCACCGUGGACGGGAGAGUCACAGAGGCUGCCAAUAUUGCCGUCGGUGCCCCUAACUGCCCGUUAG